AUGAGUGACCUCCAACGCGGGCCCUCGCUCAGCAAUCGCUUCAAAAACACCUUCAGGCUGUCCGGUUCCGGGGAUGAGGUUCUAUCCGCACGGGUCUACAGACUGAAGGAAAGCCCACGGCCUCUUGGUCCAUGGGAUGUUUGCUCGGAAGUUCCAGGUGCGCAUGCAGUACAUCGGGCGACCCUACUGAACGUCGACAGGUUCAACGGCGGGGCGAAUCUUCGACUGGGCAAAGGCAAACAACGAGAUGGUCUACCACUUACUUCACGACUGCCCUUGCAAGCUGCUGAGCUGGGCUUCGUACACCAACUGACCUGCACCUCCCGCCUCAAGGCCCCAGUGACUCUCAGCGACAAGUUUCUGUUGCCCUUAGCCAAGGACGAGAAGGAACCCCCUGAGCCCGAAGAACGCUGCCUGUUACGUGGAUACCAAGCUUGGACGUUCGAUAUCCCUCGCAUUGGGGACCACGGUGAGGCGGCCGAACGUGUGGCUUGGAACUGGUUCAGGAGCCGGAUUGAGGAGGCCAUCCUGCUGUCACACACUGGUCAUGCCUACGCUGAGUUCAUCGAGUACAAAUGGCGCCCUGAUAACUACCAACGUUGCCCGCCCUUAGUCGUGACCUCAGAUAUGGUCGGACCACCUCGACAAUUCGGACCCGCGGGGUAUCAAGGGCAGACUCUGAUCCUGUACACCGCCGGGAAAUACAAGGGAGAGGAUCCUAUCAAACACACAACCCUUUGCGACACGUGGUCGGACUUCAUCUUCCGCUUUGAAGAUCCAGGAACGCUGAAGGUCAAGGACAGACCUCGCUUCCUUCCCCUCACGCACAUGGUGGCCGCCAUGGUGCUUGAUCACCGCUUCACAGACGAUAUUGCCUUUGGUCUCUUUGCCACCUUCCCCUCAUGCGUUGUCAAGCUGGCUGUGCACCCCCUCAAAUGCUCCAUCGGUCUCAAUGACUGCCAAGCUCGCGAAAGUCUGGCACCAUUCGGACCCAAGACCCUUGAGAACAUUAACGGUGCCACGGUUGUCCUCCUAGCUUGCGUAGUCGUCAAUCACCCACUGGCAUGCGCAAAGCUGCUUUCUUUGCCCCGAACCGGGGCUCUUAUACUCCGAGACCUCAGUUCCAACAAUGUGUGGGGAUACAUCACCCCGGAGAAUCACCUUUCGGAGUGGUCGACACGCAUCCUCGACAUCCUUUGGGAGGGUGACAUCAGCACGUCUAUGAAGACGUGGGCUCGUUCAUGCUCCCAGCUGGUUGCCUCCUACGUUGGCCGUGAUACAGGCUCGCUGUACUGGUGGAACAACAAAGUACUGUCUCACCCCGAAACCCUCGAACCAUUCCCCACUGCAGCAGUGCUGUGUGACGCUCUGGCGCAUGGACAACUGCUUCUCCCUAAGAGAAGCGGGGGAGCCAUGGAGUACCUCCAGAAUCUGGCAUUAGCUGCGGCGUGCACCUUUGGAGCUGUUUUAUCUAUCGUCGAAGCAGAGAUACAGAAACGCGAGCGCCGAACGCAGAACAUCCAAUCUCUCAGCGCGGUGGCUAUCGAGUGGGGCGCGAACUUCUUACGCUUCGUCGCCAUCGGGGGACUGAGCAGCCUCCAAGUCGACCUCGACGCCACCAAAGGCUUCUUUGACAAGUGGUUGGACGAUAAGCAGGAUGCCUAUGCCAGCAAAAUGAAGGAAGGGCUAAUGGAUCUGUGGAGCCAACUUCAGUUGCUUCUCGAAACCGCCUUCGCGGAUGCGGGGCAGUGGGAUGGAUCAGAGCUGGAUCGCAAACGCUGUACUGCUGUCGCUCUAAGCUUUCAGACGUGCUUCAACAAGAACCUCCUGCUCUGCCUCAAGAGCGCAGAUCCUAGUGACUUCCAGAUCCAGAUCGAUGCUUUCAACUCGAAUAGCGGCCUCCUCGACUUGUUGCGCGACGAUCCCCACUACCGCGACUGGCUUGAACCGCUCCUGAUCCGCAUUCACACCACCGUGUUCGUGAGCAAGACUGCGCCAAUGCGUCGCCCGGACGUGUUUCGACAACCCACUCGCGAGUCAUGGUAUGGUGACUCACUGAGAACCCAGCGCUACUCUGGAGAAGCGGCCAAACUCAACCCAUGUACCAACUUCCUGGGGUUGGCGAACCCGCCGCGCUCGCAAACUUCUUCAAGCAAGCUCUCGCAUGAGACGUUGUGCCUGUUCAUUCUGAGAUGCAAGUCUUUUUACGGGCUAAGGACCCAUGCUGAGGGUAGCCCAAGGAAGACCGUCUACAACUGUCCUUCCGGCGAUGGCGAAGCGUUUGCUGCGCUUGGAGCGGGUGACUGUCAUCUGGCGAACACCAAACAAGAAGUGUUACCAAGCCGCUCAGCAUCUGAAGUCCCCGAGGAACGAUACGAACUCACUUCUGCACAGUCAACAACACAGAUGAAUGCUAAGAUGUCACGAGUGUCAGCUUUGGGGCGGAAAGAGAUCCCGUUCAGUCGAGGAUACCAUCGAUCCGACAAGCUAGAACCAUCGGCACACUCCCUCCACGGAGCACUCUCCACCGGCACACUCAAUGUGAGAUAUGCGAUGUGA